GACCACAUGACGUCAAAGUAGGGAAUAGGAAGAGAAUUUGGUACUCUUGAGACGCAAGGUGCUGUUGUUACAGUCAUGCAGAGCACAGCGAACUACCUGUGGCUCAUCUCUGACCUCCUGGGACAGGGAGCAACGGCAAAUGUGUUCCGCGGGAGACACAAGAAAACGGGCGACCUCUACGCUGUGAAAGUGUUCAACAACCUUAGCUUCCUGCGGCCCCUGGAUGUCCAGAUGAGGGAGUUUGAGGUCCUUAAGAAGCUCAACCACAAGAACAUUGUCAAGCUCUUUGCUGUGGAGGAGGAGACGAACACGCGGCACAAAGUUCUGGUGAUGGAGUACUGCCCCUGCGGCAGCCUGUACACCGUGCUGGAGGAGUCCUCCAACGCCUAUGGGCUCCCUGAGGAUGAGUUCCUCAUCGUGCUGCAGGACGUGGUGGCUGGGAUGAACCAUCUGCGGGAGUAUGGCAUUGUUCACCGUGACAUCAAGCCAGGCAACAUCAUGCGGGUGAUCGGUGAGGAUGGCCAUUCUGUCUACAAGCUCACCGACUUUGGUGCAGCCCGCGAGCUGGAGGAUGAUGAGCAGUUUGUGUCCCUCUAUGGAACAGAGGAAUACCUGCACCCGGACAUGUACGAGCGGGCCGUACUCCGAAAGGACCACCAGAAGAAGUACGGUGCUACCGUGGACCUGUGGAGCAUAGGGGUGACCUUCUACCACGCUGCCACCGGCAGCCUGCCCUUCCGGCCCUUUGAGGGACCACGCCGCAACAAGGAAGUCAUGUAUAAGAUCAUCACGGAGAAACCCUCAGGAGCCAUCUCUGGAGUGCAGAAGUUUGAGAACGGCAAGAUCGAAUGGAACACAGAGAUGCCCAUCUCCUGCAGCCUCUCCAAGGGCCUCCAGAGUCUUCUCACCCCAGUGCUAGCAAACAUCCUGGAGGCCGACCAGGAGAAGUGCUGGGGCUUUGACCAGUUCUUUGCUGAGACCAGUGACAUCCUUCACCGUAUGGUGGUAUAUGUCUUCAGCCUGCAGCAGGUCACCCUGCACCACAUCUACAUCCAUCAGUACAACACGGCGACGCUGUUCCAGGAGCUGCUCUUCCGCAGGACCAAUAUCACGCCGCCCAAUCAGGAGUUGCUGUAUGAGGGGCGGCGGCUGGUGCUGGACCCCAGCCGGCAGGCGCAGACCUUCCCACGCACGUCCAAGGAUAACCCCAUCAUGCUAGUCAGCCGCGAGAUGGUGGGCGCCGUUGGCCUGCUCUUCGAGGACACAAGCCCUCCAAAGGUCCAGCCACGCUACGACUUGGACUUGGAUGCCAGCUAUGCAAAGACCUUUGCAGGAGAUGUGGGCCACCUGUGGAAGACAUCUGAGUCACUGCUGGUUUAUCAGGAGCUGGUACGGAAGGGGGUGCGAGCUCUUGUUGAAUUGAUGAAGGAGGACUAUAAUGAGACAGUCCAUAAGAAGGCUGAGGUUAUUCACAUGUGUAACUACUGCACUCAGACCCUGGAGAAGAUGGAGCAGCUGUGUGAAGUACUGAUCCAGGCAAAUUUGCUCUCGUCAGAAUUCAACGAAAUCUCAGAGAUGCGGAAAAAAGUUGUAAGACUCUCCAGCUCUCUGGGCUCUAUGGAACAGACACUCCAGGAAAUCAAGAACAAGUUCCUGCCAGUGGGCCUUCUGACUGACAUGUGGACACAGCAAGUGGGCUCCCACCCUGAGGACAGGAACGUGGAGAGGAUCAAAGUGCUCCUGGAUGCCAUUACUGCUAUUUACCAGCAGUUUAAGAAGGACAAAGCAGAACGUCGCCUGCCUUACAAUGAAGAACAGAUCCACAAAUUCGACAAGCAGAAGCUGGUGCUGCAUGCCACCAAGGCGCGCACCCUUUUCACAGAGGAAUGUGUCAUGAAGUACCGCGUCUUCAUCUCCAAGACAGACGAGUGGAUGAGAAAAGUGCAUCAUGUAAGAAAACAGCUCCUUAAUCUGACCAACCAGUUCAUUAAUAUCGAACAGGAAGUGUCCGUGUUCAUCCAGCGUGUUUACAAGUUGCAGGAGCAGAUGCCCCAAAAGAUUAUCCCUGUGCCGUCCACUGGGAUCAAGCCCCAGGCCUACCUCAGUCAGAACACCCUGGUGGAGAUGACCCUGGGGAUGAAGAAGUUGAAGGAGGAGAUGGAGGGGGUGGUGAAGGAACUGGCAGAGAACAACCACUUCCUGGAAAGAUUUGGCUCUUUAACAUUGGAUGGUGGCCUGAGAAACGUGGAACGUAUAUAAUGCAAUUAGAGAACCUGCACAUUGAAAACCCAUGGUCUAGCAAGGCUGAAGAUAUCAGAAGACAUCAGUGCUGUUCUGCUCAUCGCUUAUUCCUCCAUGUACAUAGCACUGUAAAUAAUGUAGAACAUGUUCAGUCUGCGUUACUGUUUUAGUUUAUAUUAUAUCUCCAAACCGUCGCCCCUGUUAUUACUGUUCAUUACACCAGAAAAAGGAAGCCUUUGGAAUGUAUAAACAGUAUGUAGUUUUCCUGUGAUGAACUUGAUUUCCAGCAGGGGGCAUCACUAAAGUAAAUGGCCUGUUUUGAGCUUAUUGUCUGUGGCUCUGAAUGGUGUUACAAACUGCUGCUGUUCAUUUUACAUCCCUCAGGAAACACUGAUCUCAGACCCAAAUGGCAUUACAGACUGCUGCCUUGCACCUUUUGCCCCGAGCAGUACUGAUCUCAGAGCAGCACUCUGCCAGUAGGCACUUUACCAGUCAUCUUGAACUGUUAUAAAGUGUAACAAAAGAAGUGAAGUUUUAGUAGAGCUCAUGGUCAUAGAAGGGUGAUUCUGUAAUAUACAUCAUGUGGUCUCAGUGAAGUCCUAAAUGCCUUCAAUCCCUUGGGUCUCUGUACUUAUUCACAAGAGUAGAUGAAUAGAUAUGUUCAUCAUAUCUAUGUUCAUAAAAUGUUCAUCAUAAAUCUACACAGCUCACCUCUGCACGGCUCAUAAAUCCACUCAGCUCACCUCUACUCAACUCACUUCACAGCCACAUCCAGUGCCUGAAAAUACAAGUGUGACACAUCUCUGUCUAGGAAUCAAGUGACCCACACAAAGAUGUAGAUACAACUCUGAAAGCUACGCUCCCCAAGGGCUGUUUUAAGUUUAGCUGGCUUUAGUUUGCAAUAGUCAGUCAGUAAUGCUUAUCACUAUUAUGUAAUAGACUGCUGUGUCUCCUUACAUGAUGUGGGGUUAGCUUUUGGGCAUCACCUGUCCCAUAGGUUAGGCAGUUGACAACAAAUCAGAUAUUAACUUUAUAUGUGAAAAUUUUUUUAUAUGCUUCAGCUUGUACUUUUUUGUUGUUCUUGUACAUUAUUCCAGUCAUGACUGUCAUUUAGUUACGUCCUAUGACCUCUGUAUGAAAACUGCACUGUGUCUGUGUAGGGUAGAAUAGAGGCCCUCUCUGAUCGAGGUCCGAAGAAGGAUUCUUCGUUCUCCAAGGCUAGACCCCACUGUCUGCUGUAGGAGUGAAAAUCAGACCUUGCCUGUGUGCACCAGUCCCGUGGUCCUCACAGUCCACUAAAUGUGCAGUUGUUCUGUGUUAAUGAGGCCGGUCUGUUAUCUGUGGUUUGAAGCUCUGAACAUUCUCUCCUCAGAGCUCCACAGUGUGUUGAAGGAAAUAUGUUCUCUGAAAAAUUUUAGACUGAAGUAACUACUCUCAAGAGCUCGAGGUACCCGCAAAUAAGCAGCCCCAGGUGAGCACAGGCUCAGCCAGUACCUUGAUACGAUGUAGUUACCAAAAGGCUUUUCUUUC